AAAAAGCGGCGCGGCUCGUUCAAGAUGGCGGAGCUCGACCAGUUGCCUGACGAGAGCUCUUCAGCAAAAGCCCUUGUCAGUUUAAAAGAGGGAAGCUUAUCUAACACAUGGAAUGAAAAAUACAGCUCUUUACAAAAAACAUCUGUUUGGAAAGGCCGGAAUACGGGCUCCGCUGUGGAGAUGCCUUUCAGAAAUUCAAAACGAAGUCGACUCUUUUCUGAUGAAGAUGACAGACAGAUAAAUACAAGGUCACCCAAAAGAAACCAAAGAGUUGCAAUGGUCCCACAGAAAUUUACGGCAACAAUGUCUACACCAGAUAAGAAAGCCUCACAGAAGAUUGGUUUUCGAUUACGUAACCUACUCAAGCUUCCCAAAGCACAUAAAUGGUGCAUAUACGAAUGGUUCUACUCAAAUAUAGAUAAACCACUUUUUGAAGGCGAUAAUGACUUCUGUGUAUGUCUGAAGGAAUCCUUUCCUAAUUUAAAAACAAGAAAGUUAACAAGAGUAGAAUGGGGAAAAAUCAGGCGACUUAUGGGAAAACCACGGAGAUGUUCUUCUGCAUUUUUUGAGGAAGAGAGAUCAGCAUUAAAACAGAAACGACAGAAAAUAAGGCUCUUACAACAAAGGAAAGUUGCAGAUGUUUCCCAGUUCAAAGAUCUCCCAGAUGAAAUUCCUUUGCCCCUGGUUAUUGGAACCAAAGUUACAGCUCGAUUACGUGGUGUUCAUGAUGGUCUCUUCACUGGACAAAUAGAUGCUGUGGAUACUUUUAAUGCUACUUAUAGAGUAACUUUUGAUAGGGCAGGGCUUGGAACCCAUACCAUCCCUGACUAUGAAGUUCUUAGUAAUGAGCCUCAUGAGACGAUGCCAAUUGCUGCCUUUGGACAAAAACAGCGGCCUUCUCGAUUCUUCCUGACCCCACCACGGCUACAUUACACUCCCCCUCUCCAGUCACCCAUUACGGAUAAUGAUCCUUUACUAGGACAGUCACCUUGGAGAAGUAAAAUUUCUGGCUCUGACACUGAAACGUUAGGUGGUUUUCCAGUAGAAUUCCUUAUCCAAGUGACCAAAUUAUCAAAAAUUCUCAUGAUUAAAAAGGAACAUAUCAAAAAAUUAAGGGAAAUGAACACAGAAGCAGAAAAAUUGAAAUCCUAUUCCAUGCCCAUCGGCAUUGAAUUUCAGCGGAGAUAUGCAACAAUCGUUCUGGAGCUUGAGCAGCUCAACAAGGACCUCAACAAAGUUUUGCAUAAAGUUCAGCAGUACUGCUAUGAGCUCGCUCCAGACCAGGGCCUGCAGCCUGCGGACCAGCCCACGGAUAUGAGACGGAGGUGUGAGGAGGAAGCCCAGGAGAUUGUCCGGCACGCCAACUCCUCCACUGGACAGCCCUGUGUUGAGAACGAAAAUCUCACAGACUUAAUCUCCAGGCUCACCGCUAUUUUAUUACAAAUUAAGUGUCUGGCAGAAGGAGGAGACCUGAAUUCCUUUGAGUUCAAAUCACUUACAGAUUCAUUAAAUGAUAUCAAGAGUACAAUAGAUGCUUCUAAUAUCAGUUGCUUUCAGAAUAACGUAGAAAUCCACGUUGCACACAUUCAGAGUGGCCUGAGCCAGAUGGGAAACCUGCACGCCUUCGCAGCCAACGACACCAACAGGGACUGA